GUCAAAUUGUUUGCAGGCAAACAAUUUCUACUUUUAGCUUUUAAUUAAAAGAAAAAUUAUAAGGAUUUAAAUAUCUAUAAAUAUUUUGUAAACUCGUGAAGAAUUUGUAACCAUUGCUUAAUACAUAAAAUGAGUUCAGACAGCGACGAAGAAAAAACUGGUGUUGAUUUGACCGGAUUUUUAUUUGGGAACAUUGAUUCAGAAGGAAAACUUGAAGACGACAUUUUCGAUUCAGAAGUUAAAAAAAGUCUUUCAUCUUUAUCAAGAUUUGGGUUUGAUUCAUUUUUACACGAAGUUAUUUCCGAUAAGGGCAGUCAGGGUGAUUUUGGCCGCGGUAUAGAAGAAUCUUUUGCGAAAAAUGAAAAUGCUAUUGAUUACUCAGAUAUUAAUGAACUUGCGGAAGAUUUUUCAAGUCCACCGCGAGAAAGUAAUAAUCAAAGUUCUAAUGAUGAUUACGAUAUAGAAGAUGAAAUACCGGCAAGUAAAUUAUCAGCAGAUAUUAAAAAUGAUGGAAGUUUGAAAGAUGAAAAAUCUGAUAGUGAUACAGAUAAAAAGGAUGAUAAAGAACUAAUGCCGCCACCAAGUUUACCUUUAAAAACCUCUACUUAUGAGCAAACAUAUAAAUCUGAUGGUGAAACCGAUAUUAAAACUGAAAAACUUGAUGCACCAAAAAAGCUAGACACUCCACUUGCUGCAAUGUUACCUUCGAAAUAUGCAAAUGUAGAUGUCCGAGAACUAUUUCCUGAUUUUCGACCUGACAAAGUUUUAAGAUUUUCACGUCUGUUUGGUCCUGGAAAACCAUCAAGUUUGCCCCAAAUUUGGAGACAUGUCAAAAAAAAACGUAGGAAGCGAAAACAAUCUAGGGAUCAUAGAUUGCCAAAUACAGGAUCUGAUUCAACAAGCGAUACUGAUGAGCUACGACACGGAUUUAGUCUAAGAUACGGUCCGGAUCCAAAAAAAGAACAAUGCGUUUCUGAUGAUGAGGAUAAGUUACUAUCUAUUACAAAUGAUGAUAAUAUCAAAGAAGAAGGGUCAAAUGGAGAUGAUAAUAACGAAAAUAAACCUAAAGUAGCAGAUUGGAGAUUUGGACCUGCUCAAAUUUGGUAUGAUAUGUUGGAAGUCCCAGAAUCUGGAGAUGGAUUUAAUUAUGGUUUUAAAACUAAGGGAAAGCAAGAAAUAGAAGAAUUAGACAUUAAAGGAGAACCAAUUGCAGACGAUGCCUAUCUGAUGGUUUCCCAAAUUCAUUGGGAAGAUGACGUUGUAUGGGAUGGAAAUGAUAUAAAAUCAAAAGUUUUGCAAAAACUUAAUUCAAAAACCAAUGCGGCUGGUUGGCUUCCAUCAAGUGGUUCACGUACAGCAGCAGCAGCUUUUAGCCAGCCAGGUAAAGGUAUGCCGGUAACAGCUACACCUACUGGAAAACUACCAUCAUCUACUCCUCAGCUACCUGGAAAAAUAUCAAGCAAAACCCCAAUUUUACAGAAACCCGAACAAACGGAUGAUACGUGGUAUAGCAUUUUCCCCGUUGAAAACGAAGAACUUAUAUACAGUAAGUGGGAAGAUGAAAUUAUCUGGGAUGCCGAAUCAAUGCCCAAAGUACCAAAACCUAAAGUGUUAACCUUAGAUCCGAACGAUGAAAAUAUUAUAUUAGGUAUCCCUGAUGAUAUAGAUCCAUCAAAAGUCAAUAAAAAUACCGGACCACCGCCGAAAAUCAAAAUUCCUCACCCCCAUGUAAAAAAAUCAAAAAUAUUAUUAGGUAAAGCCGGUGUUAUUAACGUGUUAGCUGAAGAUACACCACCGCCACCUCCCAAAAGUCCUGAUCGAGAUCCUUUUAACAUUUCAAAUGACGUUUAUUAUAUGCCAAAGACCGUUGAAAGUGUUAGACUUAAAGUCAGUGGUGGUAAUUUGAUACAACAUUCGACGCCUGUUGUUGAAUUAAGAGCUCCAUUUAUUCCGACGCAUAUGGGUCCAAUGAAACUACGAAUGUUCCAUAGGCCAGCAAUGAAAAAGUACUCUCAUGGACCUCUGUCAGAUAGCAAUCAUCAUCCAGUGUUACCUUUAGUAAAACAUAUUGUAAAAAAAGCUAAACAAAGAGAACUUGAAAGAAUAGCAUCAGGAGGAGGAGACGUAUUUUUCAUGAGGAAUCCAGAUGACUUAAGUGGCAAAGACGGUGAUAUAAUUUUAGUUGAAUUUUGCGAAGAACAUCCGCCUCUAAUGAAUCAGGUUGGCAUGUGUUCGAAAAUAAAAAAUUAUUACAAACGAAAAGCUGAAAAGGAUUCUCCUCCACAAUUUAAAUAUGGUGAAAUAGCCUACGCGCAUACUAGUCCCUUUUUAGGUAUUCUAAAUCCGGGUGUAUGCAUUCAAACUGUAGAAAAUAAUAUGUAUCGGGCCCCAAUUUAUCCCCAUCAAGUAAGCUUGACUGAUUUCUUGGUAAUCAGAAGUAGAUAUAAUUAUUGGAUUCGAGAAAUCAAUGCUUUGUUCACAGUUGGUCAAGAAUGUCCUUUAUACGAAGUCCCAGGUCCGAAUUCUAAACGGGCUAACAAUUUUGCUAGAGACUUUUUGCAAGUUUUCAUUUAUCGUUUGUUCUGGAAAAGCAAAGAUAAUCCUCGGCGUAUAAAAAUGGAUGACAUUAAAAAAGCAUUUCCGGCUCAUUCAGAGAGUAGCAUUCGUAAAAGAUUAAAACAAUGUGCUGAUUUUAAAAGAACUGGAAUGGACUCUAACUGGUGGGUUAUAAAGCCAGAAUUUAGAUUACCUUCAGAAGAAGAAAUUCGCGCCAUGGUAUCACCUGAACAAUGUUGCGCUUUCUUCAGCAUGAUAGCAGCAGAGCAACGGUUAAAAGAUGCCGGUUACGGAGAAAAAUUUAUUUUUGCCCAACAGGAGGAUGAUGAUGAAGAACAACAAUUGAAAAUGGAUGAUGAAGUUAAAGUUGCUCCUUGGAAUACUACAAGGGCAUAUAUUCAAGCUAUGCGGGGUAAAUGCUUGUUACAGCUAACAGGACCAGCAGAUCCAACAGGUUGCGGGGAAGGUUUUUCUUACGUCCGAGUUCCAAAUAAACCAACUCAAACGAAAGAAGAACAGGAAUCUCAACCAAAAAGGACUGUUACUGGAACUGACGCAGAUUUACGUCGCCUUCCCUUAAAUAAAGCAAAAGAAUUAUUGCGUAAAUUUAAAGUUCCAGAAGAAGAAAUCAAAAAAUUAUCACGAUGGGAAGUUAUAGACGUUGUACGGACAUUAUCGACAGAAAAGGCGAAGCAAGGUGAACAAGGUAUGGAUAAAUUCUCGCGUGGUAAUAGAUUUUCCAUAGCUGAACAUCAGGAACGUUACAAGGAAGAGUGUCAGCGUAUUUUUGACUUACAAAAUAAAGUUUUAGCAAGUUCUGAAAUUUUAUCUACGGAUGAAGAUGAGGACUCAUCAGCAUCCGAAGAGUCAGAUAUAGAAGAAAUGGGUAAAAAUUUGGAAAAUAUGUUAGCUAAUAAAAAAACAUCAACUCAGUUGUCACUUGAACGAGAAGAGCAAGAACGACAAGAGUUGUUGAAAAAAAUUAUGGAAGGACAAAGAGAUAACGUAAAUUCAAAUAAAAAUGAUAAAAAAAAUAAAGAUGAACAACAAGCUCAAAAUUCAAAUCAAGGAAGAAUUUUAAAAAUUACGCGAGUUUUUAAGGAUUCUGAAGGAAAAGAAUAUACAAGAGUAGAAACAGUGCGGAGACAACCGGUAAUAGAUGCUUAUGUCAAGAUUAGAACGACCAAGGAUGAAGCAUUUAUCAAACAAUUUGCUACUUUGGACGAACAACAAAAAGAGGAAAUGAAACGAGAGAAGCGACGCUUACAAGAACAACUUAGGCGUAUUAAAAGGAAUCAAGAAAGAGAACGUGCUGCUCAGCUACAGAAGGAGCAACAAAUGGCUCCGGGGGGAAUACCUACUAACUUGGGAGAUCCUAAAACCUCAAAUUCUACACAACCGGGUGCACCUUCUAGUAAAGACAUUAGCCCAUCGCGCCGCAAAAUCAGACCAAUCAAUAAGGAUUUGAAACUUAAAUGUGGUGCAUGCGGUCAAGUAGGACAUAUGAGGACAAAUAAAGCCUGCCCUCUUUAUACGGGUUCAUUUGGUCCAACGCCACCAGUUAAUGUCGCUGUAACAGAGGAACAGGAAGAAGAAAUUGAAAAAGAAUUGAAUGCUGAUGAUGAAGAUCUGGUGAAUGUAGAUGGAACUAAAGUUAAGUUGAGUAGUAAAUUAUUAAAACGCCAUGAAGAUGUGAAACGAAGAACAUUACUAUUAAAAGUACCUAAAGAAGCUGUUGGCAAGAAACGAAGGCGCUUAGGAGAGGAUUUGCAUUGUGAUUAUUUAAAACGUCAUAACCAAACAGCGAAUCGUAGAAGAACAGAUCCAGUUGUCCUUUUAUCUUCUAUAUUAGAAGAAAUUUUAGGCGAUUUGCGGGAUAUGCCAGACGUAACGCCUUUUAUGUUUCCGGUUAAUGCAAAGUUGGUUCCAGAUUAUCACAGAAUUGUAACCAGGCCAAUGGAUUUGCAGACUAUACGGGAAAAUUUAAGACAGAAACGUUACCAAAGCAGGGAAGAAUUUCUUGCUGACGUCCACCAAAUAGUUGAAAAUUGUAGCGUUUAUAAUGGGCUCAAAAGUCCUCUUACAAUGGCUGCAGAAAGAAUGUUACAAAAAUGUGUUGAUCGUUUAGCUGAAAAAGAAGAAAAGUUAAUGUUAUUAGAAAAAGCUAUUAAUCCAUUGUUAGAUGAUGAUGACCAAGUAGCAUUAUCGUUUAUUUUUGAAAAAUUAAUUAAUGGAAAAUUGAAAAUGAUGCACGAAGCAUGGCCAUUUUUAAAACCGGUUAAUAAAAAACAGGUUAAAGACUACUAUUCCAUAAUAAAACGACCAAUGGAUUUAGAAACGAUUUCUAAAAAAGUUGCAGCUCAUAAAUACCAUUCCCGUGAGGAAUUCUUAGCAGAUAUAGAGUUGAUCGCGAUCAAUUGCGAAACAUACAAUGGUAGUGAAUCAACUUUCACUAAAAAUGCUAAAGGCAUUUUGGAAUAUUCCAAAAAUGCUCUUAAUGAGCUGGGAGAACAUUGUGCUCAGUUAGAAAAAAAUAUUGCUGAAGUACAGGAGAGAGCUAGAGCAAAUGCUGAUCUUGAAGGAGUUUGGGAAAAUGAUGAUCAAUAUGGAGAGUUGCAGCGGAUAAGUAGAGCAAGUACUCCGGAAAAUGAGUUUGUUGAUAUUGAAGGAAAUGAGAGACCACAAUCUGCUGCGUCUGCUACAACACCUCAAAAUCGCCCACCUAAUUUAAUGCCUGGUCCACCCCCGAUUAUAGCCCCACUACCAGAAAUUAAAAGGGGACGUGGUAGACCAAGGAAAGUUCGAGAUGGUAACGAAGAAGAAAAAGAAAAGAAAAUAGGUGGCGUUAAACGUGGCAGAGGACGUCCUAGAAAAGAUAGUCUGACAUCAAAUCAAAGUAACACGCAAAAUUCUGUAUUGGAAGAUGACUUACAAUGUUCAUCCGAUGAUGAAGAAUUCGAGGAAGUUACUACAGAGGAUGAAAGUGUCGCCGUGGCUUUAAAUCAAGGAGAAGGAAUAAACGCGACAUCUGUGGUCGAUCCGAGCAUAGUUAAAAUUGAACCCGUACAACCUAUUGAGGAAAUGGAGGAAAAUGUCGACCAAGAUGAUAGUAAACAAGUGGCUGAAGCCAUGGUACAAUUAAGUGGUAUUGGAUUUUAUCCACAAUCACAAGAUGAAACUAUGGAUCUAGAUCCAAAUUAUGAUCCGUCAGAUUUUCUUCAAAUGCCAAAUAAAAUGAUGCCUCCGCCUCCAGUUCAAGAAAAUUCUCAAAAUGUUCAAAAUGAUCAUCUUGUGGAACAACAGCAACAACAGUUCAUAAGUGAUUUACAAAUGCAAGGUGUCGUAAACGGACAGUUACAAUUUUCAUCGAAUGAUCCGCAAUAUUUACAGACACAACAGCAACUGGGGUAUUCACAAGAAGAGCAAUUACAAUAUUCACAGCCAGAGUCAGAACAAUAUGAGCAGAAUCAACCAGGUUAUCAGCAACAAGAGGAACAAAACUCGUAUCAAACUGAUAUUGAAUUGACUCAAAAGGAACAACAGCAAGUAUCUUAUGAUCAGGAGGAACAGCAAUCACAAGAAGUUUUUGAACAGAAGCAACAGUAUGAUUCAACAGAAAAUGAUGAUUCAAAAAAUCAAGCCCCAAAUCAGUCAAAUAUACAUGAUGAUUUAGCAAUAUCUGAUAGUGAUGAGGAAGAAAAUAAAUUUGUAUUAAAAGUAGCUAAAGAAGAAAAAGAGGAUCAAGAUGAUGAUGCAUUGUGGUUUUAAGAAUGAAACAUAUCUUUAUAUUAAAGAUGGAGACUGCCUUAGUCCAUAAAGUUUUUUUUUAAUGAAAAAUAAAUUUAUUUUAGAAAAAAUUUCAAAUUUCUUUAUUAUUAUUUUGAAAUUAGGAAAAUCUAGAAAUGCGAGGAACUCAAUAGCUCUGUCAUUCGAAUUUUAAUAAUUGUUAUUUUAAGCCUUUAAGUUAAGUAUGAUUGUAAACUUUGAAAUAAGAAAGUGUAAAUAAAUCACUAAUUUAAA